AGCAUGUUCAAGAUGCUUCUGAAGUAUAGGCCUGAAGACAAAGCAGAGAAGAAGGAGCGUCUUUUGAAAAGGGCUCAGGCAGAGACUGAAGGAAAGACUGUUGAAGCCAAGAAGCCUAUUGUUGUGAAGUACGGUCUCAACCAUGUCACCUACCUCAUUGAGCAGAACAAGGCCCAGCUUGUGGUUAUUGCUCAUGAUGUCGAUCCAGUUGAGUUGGUUGUAUGGCUCCCUGCUUUUUGAUUGAAACUCUGAAGACCAUGACUGAAACUCUCAAGCAGACGGGUCGAAAAGCGAGAUUGA